AAAGAACUCUUUCUUUUCAAAAAUCGCGCAGUAGGUUGCAAUCACACCGUGCGAGUGACCUUCAAGUGCUCUUAGCCUAUCCUGUCCUUACCCUCACCCGCGCUUUUAAAGUUAUUUCUGUUGAUGGUUGACAAUGCAGCUAAAAAGCUUUUGGAUAAAUUCAAUAUUGAUACCAACAAAUGGUCAUAUUCACGUUUAACUGUUGCAGUAGUAGUGCAUGAAUUUCUUGGCGCUGGAUUACUUGUGGGAUUCUGGAUAGGAUGCUACAAGAAACAACCACUGAAAUACCUUACUUUAUUUGCUCCAGCUCGCAUUCAAACUAUGUACUCAAAGGGAUUGGAUUGGUCAGCACGAAAACUUCACCGACUACCGUCUUUCAUUGUUUCACGGACAGAUCCUAACAGAAUUCUUAUUAGCGGAGCUGAGAGCUUUGUCCUGCGUAAAUUAUUGUCACCAGUUACAAUCCCUGGAAAAAUAUAUAUGGCUGUUUUGGUUUCUGGGAUUACAAGUUGACAAGUGAUCGAAUCUUUACUUAUUAUGUGUACAAAGCUUUUAAUACAAC